AAUACAUGAUAUCUUCUGUCUUCAUGUCGAUGUUUAUGGGAUUUGCCAGUUUUCUUUCUCAGAAAGAGCUGUAUGUUGCGGAAGAUCUCUCUGUCAGAGUAGAGAAAUGGAAUUAUUUAAACAGUAAAGAGCCCGAAGCUGGGGGUUCUUGUCAGGCCGUGUCUCACUUUUGCUUUUACACUCUACACUCACCAUGGACGAUUCGAUAAGCCUCGAUUGGAUCUUUAUGGGUGAACUGUCUUCGGAGGAUGUAAAUUCUUCGGACGAUGCCACAUCUUCGGACGAUGCCACACCUUCCGAGGAUGGAACAUCUUCAGAGGAUGGCACGCAUUCUGAGGUUGACACAAAUCCGGCAGACGACAUAUUACUCGCAACAGGUAAAUUGCUCCCAAACCUGGACAACAUCCCCCCGGACGUUUUCCAUAUGAUCGUUCGAUACCUUGAACCAAGAGAUCUUGAGAAACUGCGAGCUGUCUCCAGAACAAUAUACAGGAGUACACAGCCAAUUUUUAGAGAGGUCGUAUUGAAGGAGCUUUACACCAAACUGACAGCCGAGGAUAUCGCUGGCAUUUGCUACCUGGCCAAUAAUGCGGCCACCCAAAGUUUGCCCAGAUCCAUGCAUAUAGAGGCAACGUAUGUCGGGGACUUGACUGCACGUAGAAUAUACCAGGGGUCCCUCGCGUACGAUCAGGAGGCUCUGCACAGGCGUCCUGAAAUGCAGUCCCUGCGACGCGACAUGGGGCUGUUCGUCAAUUGCAAGGAAUUUCAUGUUACCUUGAUCAAAGAUGAUUUGCGUAUGCAGAACAAGGUCUUAUACAUUGAUGAUGUGGUGUAUGCGGCCUUUGCCGAUUCUUCGGCAGUGGUGGAAGCGCUUACUCUGGACAGCAGGGUGGCCAACAGAGCCCCGCACGAGCAUUCAAUGCCGUCGUCUAUUGACUUUGCUGAUAUGUGGAUGAACUUGAAAGCCCUCAAGGUCACCGAAGCAUUGCCUAGCGACCUGUCAAAAGGGACUGCAGUUUCUCACAUACUUGAGCACGCCCCGGGACUUCGACAUCUCAGUCUCACGGGGUCGGACGAUUCUUGGGGAGGCCUUUCCAGGAUCUUUCGGACAGCCAGCUCGACCGCGACAAAGGCCACUGGGAUCGAGACUCUUGAACUCUCAUUCCUGUUCAUUGAGUCAAAGGAUCUAAAAAGUUGGCUGACUAGAUUUAGCGACACUUUGCUCACUUUAUCUCUUACCUCACUAACCCUACUGAGUGGAAGCUGGAUCGAUGUCCUCCAACACAUUCAGGACCAGUGCACGAACUUGCAAUAUGUUUUUAUGCAUGAUCUAAGGCGCCAUAAUCGAGGGAAACCGUUCUGCAAAUGGAAAGCAGCCUCGGGAAGAGAAGAUAUAUACUAUAUGUUGGAAUCGCGUAAGGAAAAGGCUCGAAAAAAAGGCCUCUAAGUUGAAGUGUAGAGUUUUUGCGGAUAGUUCAUCUUUCUCUUCCUGUUUCCUUCUGUACGUCAAGUCGGCAUGUGUUCCGCGUCCAUAGAGUAGUAAUUCUCCACAGAAUAAGAAUCGUCACCUUUCAGACCCCAUGCAGCCCGUGUGAUGUAAGCUGCCCGAUUGUUCCUAUCAAGUAAAAUGUUUGUUGUCCAGAUGGUUCCUGGCUAGAGUGCCCUGGGUCGUUACCCGCCCAGACCGCCAUCAUCCGAUAAGGCGUCGUUCAUGGUAGCGAGCUAGUCGACCGACCGAGGUAGUAAACAAGCCAUGG